AUGGCUAAACGUUUUCAGCAUAUUCUUCCUCUCUUCUCAACUAUUCUUCUCCUCGUCGUCACAGCUGGAGAAUCUGGAUCUUACUCCAAAACAAUUCCGUUUCAAGGAUACCAGCCAGAGAAACUCACACACCUCCACUUCUACUUUCAUGACGUCAUCUCCGGUGACAAACCCACCGCUAUAAGAGUCAUAAUGCCACCCGUCACAAACUCCACAGCCGUCUCAUCGUUUGGUGUGGUUGUGAUAGCCGACAACUUGUUGACUGAAGGACCCGACCCGAGGUCCAAAGAAAUCGGGAGAGCUCAGGGGAUGUAUGCGUCGACGGAUAUGAACAUCUUAAGCUUCACAAUGGUAUUCAACUUGGUGUUCACUGAAGGAGAGUUUAACGGGAGCACCGUCUCUAUGUACGGACGGAAUCCAAUAUUCUCAAAGGUGAGAGAGUUUCCGAUCAUAGGAGGCACCGGUGCGUUCAGGUUCGCUAGAGGAUAUGCACAGCCUCUGACUUACAGCCUUAGUGGUUUGGAUGCUGUGGUCGAGUAUAAUGUCUUCAUUUCGCAUUAAAAGUGAUGAUAAAAUUAGACAAAUAUCGAUCGAAGUUGGUACGUACGUGAGGACUAGAGUACUGAACGAAACCGUAAACCAAUAACGCUGCAUCAUUCAUACAUUUGACAGUAAUUGUUUGGGACUCAUAUUAUGUAAUUCGAGAAUAAAUUGUAGUUCCACUUCUUUUGUUGGUGGAACCUGUCGUUGUUGUGUCGUCUAAAGUUUAUAAGGUGUGUGGAUAA